AUGAUAUACCCCGUUACCGUUCCCGCGGUAGCUGCUGCCGCUGCCUACGUCAAUGCUCGAUUCCUCGCUUACUACGACCUGGAACUGCUCAGAGCCAUCAUUCCUACCGUCCUCGGUGGUGCUUGGAAGCGUUACCGGGACCGUGUGAAUCUUUUCUACCAACUCGAGAACCUCGCAACCACCAAGUCGUCCGAAAACAGAGUGUUCCUUCGGUUCCAAGACCGCGCUUACACGUAUGCGCAGGCUUACGACACAGUCCUGCGGUAUGCCAACUGGCUCAAGAAUAGGCGUGGCAUCAAAAGGGGCGACCUUGUUGGCUUGGACUUUCAAAAUACCGAUACCUUCAUCUUCCUCUUCCUCGCUACAUGGGCCAUUGGAGCGUCGCCGGCACUACUGAACUACAACCUCACCGGUAACCCGCUUAUCCACUGCGUGAACAAGUCAACGGCGCGGUUGGUCCUGGUCGACCCCGUUGUUGCGAGCAAUGUCAGUGAGGAUGUUAGGUCGGCGCUGGGGGAUGUCACCUUUGAAGUGGUGACGCCAGAGUUGGAACAAGAGAUGCUGGCAAUGGAUAACGUCCGCCCUGCGGAUGAGCUGAGAAGCGGAUUCAAGGACGAAGACAUAGCGAUGCUCAUCUACACCAGCGGUACGACAGGCUUGCCCAAACCUGCCAUUAUCUCAUGGGCCAAGGCCGCUACUGUUGCCAAUUUCACCUUCCGAUGGCUCGGCACCAAUGUGAACGACGUAUAUUAUACGGCUAUGCCUCUUUACCACAGCACAGCCAUGCUGUUGGGCUUUGCCCAUACUCUGGCAGCAGGAGCUACCUUUGCCAUCAGCCGCAAGUUCUCAACUUCCGGAUUUUGGAAUGACGUCCGGAAACACGAUGCCACGAUUAUCCAGUACGUCGGAGAGACAUGCAGGUACCUCCUAUCGGCACCUCCCAACCUCGAUCCAGUUACUGGUGAAGAUCUCGACCGCAAACAUAGAGUACGCGCUGCCUUUGGAAACGGACUGCGACCGGAUGUAUGGAACCGAUUCAAGGAGCGCUUCGGCAUCGAGACCAUCGCCGAAUUCUAUGGCGCUACCGAGGGCACCUUUGCGACGUGGAACAAGAGCCGGAACGACUUCAGCAUGGGUGCAGUGGGACGGAGUGGUAGUCUCUACAACCUUAUCCUCGGAAGAAACGUUGCCAUUGUCGAGGUGGACCAUGAAACCGAGCUUCCCCACCGGGAUCCCAAAACCGGGUUUUGUACCCGAGCACCCCGCGGAGAGCCGGGCGAGCUUCUCUUCAGGUUACCGCCUGGCGAUAUCAACUCUCGCUUCCAGGGCUACUAUGGCGACAAGGAAUCGACAUCGAAGAAGGUGAUGAGGGAUGUGUUCAGCAAGGGCGACGCCUGGUUCCGUACCGGUGAUGUGCUGCGCUGGGAUAACGAGAACCGAGUUUACUUUAGCGACCGCAUCGGUGACACUUUCCGGUGGAAGAGCGAGAACGUGUCGACCGCUGAGGUUGCCCAGGUGGUUGGCUUGCAUCCCGCGGUUCUCGAGUGCAAUGUCUACGGCGUCCAGGUGCCUAGUCAUGAGGGCCGCGCUGGCUGUGCUGCCGUGGUUCUGAACCCGUCAGGCUUAGUGCAGACAAGCGGCGAUGAGGCUAGAGCACCCAGGCCAACCGACGACACCCUCAAGAGUCUAGCCGAGCACGUCCAGAGGGGGCUUCCCAAGUACGCUUUGCCUCUGUUCCUGCGUGUAGUGCCUGAGGGAGGCCUCCAGACGACAGGCACGAACAAGCAGCAAAAGCACAACCUGCGCAGCGAGGGCGUGGAUCCGGCGAAGACGGGUGAGGAUGAAGUGUUCUGGCUAAGGAACGGUUCGUACGUCAAGUUUGGCGUGGCGGAUUGGAAGGAGCUUAAUGGAGGUAAUGUGAAGCUUUGA